AAGGAGAAGACCCGCGCGAGUCUCGUGGAGUCGGUUUCAAACGCGCGCUCUUGUUUGACCAGCUGGCAGGAUUUACUUUCUCUCCUCGCGCCCGCGGCUCAGUGUCCGUGUGUCCGGCACAGCCACACAGCUUCCUUCGAGGACCCUGAUGUUUCCACUUUCCUCUCGCGCCAGACUCGCUCGCUGUUGACCGCUACUUCCGACGCCACGCCACGCGUCUUUUGGGGAUGAUGCCGUGAUGCCCGGCUGAUGCCAUGCCGCGGAACCGCAGCGGCGUCGACGGCGGCGGUCCCGCGCCGUGGCUGAGCGCCACUUCGGCCCAUGGAGCCAAAGACAGUUUGGACGCCGAGGCUGCGCGCCCUCCGUGCGCCUCCGCUUCCUCGCGCUUCGGCUCGGCCGCCGAGGGCCAGCGCGGGAAGAGGGGCGCGCGCCUCAGCCUGCUCGGGAAGCCGCUGCUGUACGGCGCGCACGGCGGCCGCCGGAACGUGCGCUACCGCCGCGUGCAGAACUGCCUCUACAACCUGCUGGAGAGACCGCGCUCGUGGGCUUUCGUCUAUCACGCCUUCGUAUUUGUGCUGGUGUUUGGCUGCUUGGUGCUCUCCGUCUUCUCCACCAUUCCAGACCACACGGAAAUGGCAUCCCGCGCCCUCUUCAUACUGGAGUUUGUGAUGAUCGUAGUGUUUGGGCUGGAGUAUAUUGUCCGCAUCUGGUCUGCGGGCUGCUGCUGCAGAUACAGAGGAUGGCAGGGACGACUGCGCUUCGCACGAAAGCCUUUCUGUAUCAUAGAUAUCAUAGUGCUGAUAGCCUCGGUCGCCGUGGUUUCGGCUGGUAGCCAGGGCAACAUCUUUGCCGCCUCAGCACUACGAAGCCUCCGCUUCCUGCAGAUCUUGCGCAUGGUGCGCAUGGACCGCCGCGGGGGCACCUGGAAGCUGCUAGGAUCUGUAGUUUAUGCUCACAGCAAGGAGCUGGUGACUGCCUGGUACAUUGGCUUUCUGGUGCUGAUCUUUUCCUCCUUCCUGGUCUACCUUGUGGAGAAGGAGUUCAAUAAAGAGUUUUCCACCUACGCUGAUGCACUGUGGUGGGGCACGAUCACUCUGACCACCAUAGGCUACGGGGAUAAGACUCCUAAGACAUGGACUGGACGCAUGCUGUCUGCUGGCUUCGCCCUCCUCGGCAUCUCCUUCUUCGCUCUGCCUGCAGGUAUCCUGGGUUCAGGCUUUGCUCUGAAGGUUCAGGAGCAGCACAGGCAGAAGCACUUUGAGAAGAGAAGGAACCCUGCAGCCUGCCUUAUACAGUGUGUUUGGCGUAGCUAUGCGGCUGAUGAAAACUCGGUUUCCAUUGCUACCUGGAAGCCUCAUUUGAAGGCGUUGCAUACCUGCAGUCCUACAAAGAAGGACCAAGCUGAGACGUCCACUAGUCAGAAGCUGAGCUUUAAGGACCGGGUGAGGAUGGCCAGUCCUCGGGGUCAGAGCAUUAAGAGCAGACAAACAUCGGUGACUGACCGCCGCUCUCCAGGUGCUGAGAUCAACACUGAGACCUCCAGUCCAGCCAAGGUCCAAAAGAGCUGGAGCUUCAAUGACCGCACCCGCUUCAGACCCUCCCUCCGCCUCAAGAGUCAGUCACGCUCCACCACUGAUGGUGAGUCUAAUGUGGGAGCAGAGGACACUUUCGAUGACAAAGGCUGUCACUGUGAAAUGUCUGCUGAUGAUCUGCAGCCAGCCAUUAAGACAGUCAUCCGAGCGGUCAGGAUCAUGAAGUUCCAUGUGGCAAAGAAGAAGUUUAAAGAAACGUUGCGUCCAUAUGAUGUGAAAGACGUGAUCGAGCAGUAUUCAGCUGGACAUCUGGACAUGCUGUGUCGGAUCAAAAGUCUACAGACCAGGGUGGAUCAGAUCCUGGGGAAGGGUCAGGUUCCUCUGGAUAAGAAGCUGAGGGAGAAGAUGCUGGCUGAUGGAGAUUUGCUGGAGGAUGUAAGCAUGCUGGGGAGAGUGUGUAAGGUGGAGAGGCAGGUCCAGUCUAUUGAAUCUAAGCUGGACUCCUUGCUGGAUAUCUACCGGCAGGUCCUGCGUAAGGGCUCCCCCUCGGCAAUCAAUAUCUCCUCCUUGCCGCUGUUUGAGCUGGAGCAGACAUCCAACUACCAGAGUUCCACCUUCAGCAAGGACUCGCAGUUCAGCCGCUCAAACAACUCCAACCUGCCCCAGGGCCUCAACCUCAUACUAGCCCCCAAUGAGCUCAACUUCAACCUCAACAACUCAUCUGGAUCACCUCCUGGGGGAGCCAUCCCAACCUCUGCUCCACCUUUUAGCCCCUCCCCACUCCAGCCUCUGAACACACCCACCUCUGAGGGUCUGCCCAUUAGUGGGAGCCCACCUCCCAUCCUCAUGCCCAAUAACAUCCACUCUAGCAGGAUGCAUUUUCCCAACAUUGGGCUCCUCCCUCCACCUCCAUUGUCAACAGCUUCUACAAGGCUUCAGUUGCCCCUUUUGGCACCCCAGUCAGGCCGCACCAACAAUGGCUCGAUCCCACCUCAAUCCAACCCAAAUGACUACCCACCUUCAUAUGUAACCAGGCCCCAGAAGGAUUUGGCCCUUGGAGAGCCAGCGGUGGGGAGACUGCAGCAGAAAAGCAGGCCCAGUGCCAAGGAGGACGGUUCCUGGCGGAGACACAUGAGCCUAGAGAUGGAGAUGGAGAUGGAGAUGUAUCCUCUGGCUGCGCUUUCUCCAGGCAAUGGGGGUCAAGCGCUGGAGAAGUCCCUUUCAGUCCAAGACCUCAUGGAAACUCCAGAAGUGGACGGGCAGGGGAGUCUUUCGGCCAGCAGCAGCCAGGACUCUGGAGGCGGCUGGUGUGAAGCUGAACUUUUUAUUGCCGAUAGUGACCUGGAGAACUCGGUUCAGACUCACUCUGACUUUGGUUUCCUGUCCCAGCCUGCAGCUGAUGUUUCGUUCUCCUCUGAGCUUCUGAGGACCACAACAGCAGGAGAAAACCUCAACCUACCCAACGCGGGUGGCACCGAGCCUUUCAGUAUGUCGCACGUUCGACUAAAUUGACUUGAUGAACUCUCGUCAGACUCUUACAUGAACAGUUCUGUCAGAAAUGCUAAUGUUACUAACAGUGAAUGAAGGUGACUAGCCUGCAAUUAGCAUUAUGCUAACUGAAAGAAAAAUAACUUAGGGGUAGAGCAACUCAUAAAAUUUGUAAUUCAAUUUGGUAUAUGUGGCACGCGCCCUGAUGACGACCACGAGAGCCAGCAGGAAGGUAAGGCCUGAACCCCGAGCAAGAACGAAGCACCACGAGGACAGCAGGGAGAAGAACGAAGCACCACGAGGACAGCAGGGAGAAGAACAAAGCACUGCGAGGACGGCAGGGAGAAGACGAAGCACUACGAGGACGGCAGGGAGAAGAU